CUAUCAUGUCACAAUCAUAUCUUCCCAAAGAUUUCCUAUGGGGUUUCGCAACAGCAAGUUACCAAAUAGAAGGUGCUCCGCAUGAAGAUGGUCGCGCGGACUCCAUCUGGGACAGUUUCUGCCGCAUUCCGGGAAAGAUUGCUGGAGGAGAGUCAGGAGAGGUGGCGUGCGACUCCUACCACCGCACGGCCGAGGACAUUGAUCUUUUUGAAGAAGUUGGGCGCAAAAUCGUACCGUUUUCUCCCUCUCGUGGGUCCCGCAUUAUUCCACUUGGUGGCCGCAAUGACCCAGUCAACGAGAAAGGUCUUCAGCACUACGUCAAGUUCGUGGACGACCUUCGCGAGGCAGGCAUCGAGCCGAUGAUCACACUGUUCCAUUGGGAUUUGCCCGACAAUUUACACAAGCGAUAUAUGGGCAUGCUUAAUAAGGAUGAGUUUGUCAAGGACUUCGAGUACUACUCCAGGGUGUGUUUCAAGGCAUUCGGCUCAAAAGUGAAAUACUGGAUCACCUUCAAUGAGCCGUGGUGCAGUUCCAUACUCGGAUACGGCACUGGAUUGUUCGCCCCCGGUCGUUGCAGCGACAGGAGCAAGAGCGCCGAAGGCGACAGUAGCAGAGAGCCAUGGGCAGUGGGGCACGCGCUUUUGAUUGCCCACGGAGCGGCGGUCAAGGCAUAUCGUGAAGACUUCAAAGCUAAGGAUGGAGGCCAGAUUGGGAUUACACUGAAUGGAGACUGGACUGAGCCAUGGGACGCCGAAGAUCCUCAAGAUCGCGAAGCGUGCGACCGCAAGCUUGAGUUUGCCAUUUGCUGGUUCGGGGACCCAGUGUACUUCGGCAAAUAUCCAGACUCAAUGCGAAAACAGCUCGGGGACCGGUUGCCAGAGUUCACUGCCGAAGAGUCAGCCUUGGUCAAGGGUAGCAAUGACUUUUAUGGCAUGAACCAUUAUUGCGCACACUAUGUCAGGCACAAGGAGACCGAGCCAGAGCUUGACGACCACCUCGGCAACCUGGAGACGCUGCAUCAGAACAAACAGGGAGAAUGGAUUGGCCCAGAGACAGAAUCCUUCUGGUUGCGGCCAAUGCCUCUUGGAUUCAGGAAGCUGAUCAAGUGGCUUAGUGAUCGCUACGGUGGUCCAACCUUCUACGUCACGGAGAACGGAACUAGUCUAAAGGGAGAGAACGAGCUCCCACUCGAACAACUCCUGGACGACGAGUUCCGCUGCGAGUAUUUCAGGGGGUAUGUGGGUGCAUUGGCUGAUGCCCAUACACAUGACGGCGUCGACGUUCGGGGCUAUUCGGCAUGGAGUCUUAUGGAUAACUUUGAGUGGGCUGAAGGCUACACAACACGGUUCGGCGUGACCUAUGUCGAUUACAAAGGCGGUCAGAAGCGAUACCCGAAGAAGAGCGCCUACGAGAUUUCGAAAAUCUUCGAAAAGUACAUCAAAAAGGAGUAGAGGUAAUGACCACUUGCAGCUGCCGGCGUGUGCCGAUUCCAAAACACGGAGAUGAGGUGUAGCGAUGGCUCACUGCGGUGUUCUAGUAGCAUUCUAGCGUUCGUAUCUGUAGUGGGUCUGCGCGCUUGUCAGGCCUUUGGGCGGCGAGUAAGCAUGUGUGAACGACGAGUCUGAUCUCGAUAGACUCGGAGCAUGUGCCGCGCUCUUAGUGGGUUGUAUCGUAGAGAUGUCGCUGCAAUGAAUCCGAGAAAGUA